AUGCCAACAGCAGUAAUCACGGGCGCAAACUCCGGCAUCGGAAACGCCCUCGCCAAAAUCCUCAUCAGAGAAGGCUACGAAGUAAUAGCAGCAGACAAAACCCUUGGCUCAACAAUCCAAUCCCUAGGCUGCCAAGCCUACCAACUUGACAUCUCCUCCGGAGAUUCAAUCACCUCUUUCGUCAACUCCAUAUCCCAGCAAACAUCCAUCGACCUCCUCCUGCACGUCGCCGGCGUCAUGUCUCCACCCUCCGAAGACACCCUCACCACAGUCUCGUUAUCCGCACUGCAAAACACUUUCUCCGUGAACACAUUCGGUCCGAUUUUACUAACGCAAGCCCUGCUUCCUAAUAUCCUCAAAUCAUUGUCGCCGAAGAUAGCAGUGGUAUCGAGUCGUGUGGGUAGCAUGGCCGAUAACACGUCUGGAGGCCAAUACGCGUAUCGAGCGAGUAAGGCAGCUGUGAAUUCUUUAUUUAAGAGUGCGAGUGUGGAUUUGAAGGACAAGGGUGUGGCGGUGCUUGUCUUGCAUCCGGGGAUUGUGAAGACGGCGUUAGAUGCUAGGCAUAAGGAAGAGGAGGUGCCAGGUGCGGUGGAGCCAGAGGAGGCGGCUGAGGGAUUGUGGGAUGUGUUGAGUAGGAAGGGCUUGGAGAGUACAGGUAUGUUCUUUCAUAGGAAUGGGGAGGAACUUCCUUGGUAG